AUGAAGUUCUCCGCCGUCACCUUCAUGGCCGCUCUGGCCGCGGCUUCGCCUGCCAACAUCGUCACCGCCCGCAACGAACUUGCUCUCCGUCAGGCCGCCGAGGCGUGCAACAUUGGCUACUGCACCCAAGGCGGCGGUACCACCGGUGGUGCUGGCGGUUCCAGCGUUACCGUCAAGACCGUCGAUGAGCUCGUCGCUGCUGCUAAGAAGGAGGGGCCCCUUAUCAUCGUCAUCUCCGGCGCCAUCUCCGGCAGCGCCAAGGUCCGCGUCUCUUCUGACAAGACCAUCAUUGGAGAGAAGGGUAGCUCUCUCACCAACGUCGGCCUGUACGUCCGCCAGGUCAAGAACGUCAUCAUCCGCAACCUAAAGAUCGGCGGUGUCAAGGCCACCAAUGGCGAUGCCAUUGGCAUUGAUGAGUCUACCAACGUUUGGGUUGACCAUUGCGACCUUUCCGGUGACCUGAGCGGAGGCAAGGAUGACCUUGAUGGCCUUCUCGAUAUCUCCCACGGCGCUGACUGGAUCACGGUCUCCAACGUCUACUUCCACGACCACUGGAAGGGAUCCCUGGUCGGUCACUCUGACAGUAACGGCAGCGAGGACAAGGGCAAGCUCCACGUCACCUACGCCAACAACCACUGGACCAACAUUAACUCCCGCACUCCCCUCGUCCGCUUCGGUACCGUCCACGUCGUCAACUCCUACUACGACAAGCUCCUGCUCACCGGCAUCAACUCCCGCAUGGGCGCUCAGGUCCUUGUCCAGAGCACCGCGUUCAACAGCUGCCCCGCUGAGGCCAUCUUCUUCGCCGACUCUAAGGAGACCGGCUACGCCGUCGCUGAGGAUGUCGACCUCGGUGGCUCGAAGAACUCUGUCCCCAAGGGAACUCUCACCUCUGCCUCGCUGCCCUACAAGAUUGCCGCCCUCGGCUCCGGCAAGGUCGCCGGUUCCGUUCCCGGCGCCGCUGGCCAGAAGUUGUAA